AUGUGCCCGUCUGACAUGGGGACGCUGUGGCACCUGUGGUCUCCCGUGCUCAUCAGCCUAGCUGCCCUUUUCUCCAAAGUGGCUGAGAGCCGCGGUAUCCUGGAUAGCACCCAGAGGUUCCUGCUGCCCACCUACCUCCCGGUGACCUAUCACAUCCACAACGCUGAUGUGGCCUUCUUCCUGAAGGAGGCCAACCAAGACAUCAUGCGAAACUCCAGCCUGCAGUCGCGGGUGGAGUCCUUCCUAAUCUACAAAGCGAAGAGGCUGCCUGUGCUCAACGCCAGCUACGGGCCCUUCUCCAUCGAGCAGGUGGUCCCCCAGGACCUCAUGCUGCCCGCCAACCCUUUCGGAUUCACCAGCAAGUUUUCUAUCAACUGGAAACUGAAGGCCUACAUCCUGCGGGACAAGAUCUACCUGAGCCGGCCCAAGGUGCAGGUGCUCUUCUACAUCGUGGGCCGGGACUGGGAUGACCACAGGACCCCCGAGAAGCUGCCGUGCCUGCGGGUCUUUGCCUUCCGGGAGACCCGGGAGGUGCGCGGCAGCUGCCAGCUGAGUGGGCCCCUGGGGCUGUGCGUGGCGGAGCUGGAGCUGAUGUCCACCUGGUUCAGUGGCCCCUCGGUGGUGGCCGGGCGCAGGAGGCCCACAGAGCAGCACGAUGGGAACCGCGUGGAGCUCUACUACACGGUGCAGCCGGGGGACGUGCGAGGGGACUGUGCCAAGGAGGACUGGAGGAAGGGCAGUGGCGUUCGGACAGGCCACAAUGACAUCGACGAGUCGGGGCCCCCCCUGCACAGGAUUGGGAGCGUCUUUCUUUACCAGAGCCCUGGCAGCCCGGUCCUGAGGGAACUGCGUCUGGACAGCAACGUGGCUGUGCAUUAUGUCCCCAAGACGGCCAGGCGAGGGGACGUGCUGACCUUCCCUGUGACCAUCUCCAGGAACUCCACUGAGGACCGCUUCACACUGAGGGCAAAGGUGAAGAAAGGGGUGAACAUCAUUGGUGCGCGCGCCAGCAGCCCUUCCAUUUGGGAUGUCAAGGAGAGCGCAGAGUACACGGGGAAGUACGCACCUGCUGUCAUUGUGUGUCAGAAGAAAUCUGCUGGCUUGGAAAACAGUGCGGACGGCACCUCCUAUGAAGUUAUGCAGAUUGACAUUGAGAUCGAAGAGCCCAGCGAGCUGCCAGCCACACAGCUUGUCACGUGGCAGGUGGAGUACCCAGGAGAGGUCACAUCGGACCUGGGCGUGUCCAAGAUCUACGUGAGCCAGAAGGACUUGCUCGCACUCAUCCCCCUGGCCAUGGAGGCAGAGAUCAUGAACACCGCCAUCCUCACUGGGAAGACAGUGGCCGUUCCAGUGAAGGUGGUCUCAGUGGAGGAGGACGGCGCGGUGACAGGGUUGCUGGAGGCUGUGGAGUGCAGGUCCUCUGAUGAAGACGUGGUAAAGGUUUCUGACAAAUGUGACUACGUCUUUGUCAAUGGGAAAGAGAUGAAAGGCAAGGUGAGCGUGGCAGUCCACUUCACCUACCAGCACCUGCACAGUGCUCUGGAGAUGACGGUGUGGGUGCCCCGGCUCCCGCUGCAGAUCGAGGUCUCAGACACCGAGCUCAACCAGAUCAAGGGCUGGAGGGUCCCCAUCAUCUCCAACAAGAGGCCAGCUCGGGACAGUGAGGAAGAGGACGACGAUGAGAGGAGGGGCCGAGGCUGCACUCUCCAAUACCAGCAUGCCAUGGUGCGGGUCUUGACACAGUUUGUGGCCGAGGCGGCUGACCCUGGGGGACACCUGGCUUACCUGCUGGGCUCGGACUGGCAAGUGGACAUCACAGAGCUGAUAAGUGACUUCGUGCAGGUGGAGGAGCCCAGGAUUGCCAAGCUGCAAAGAGGACAGAUCCUGGCUGGGCAGGAGCUUGGGAUGACCACCAUCCAGAUCCUGUCCCCUCUAUCAGAUGCCAUCCUGGCUGAAAAGACCAUCACUGUGCUAGAUGAAAAGGUGACCAUCACAGACCUCGGGGUCCAGCUGGUGACAGGACUGUCGCUCUCCUUACAGCUCAGCCCCGGAAGUAACAGAGCCAUCUUUGCCACUGCAGUGGCUCAGGAACUGCUGCAGAGACCCAAACAGGAAGCAGCAGUCAGUUGCUGGGUGCAAUUCAGUGACGGGUCAGUCACACCCUUGGACAUUUAUGACGGGAAGGACUUCUCCCUGCUGGUCUCAUCCUUGGAUGAGAAGGUGGUCUCCAUCCACCAGGACCCCAAGUUCAAGUGGCCAAUAAUUGCUGCUGAAACUGAAGGACAAGGAGCUCUGGUGAAGGUGGAGAUGGUCAUCAGCGAAUCAUGCCAGAAGUCCAAGCGCAAGAGUGUGCUGACCAUGGGAACGACAAAUAUCAAGGUUAAAUUUGGCCAAAAUGAUGCAAACCCCAACACCAGUGACAGCGGACACUUUGGGGCCAGGGUUCGCCUGGACAAUAAUAUCAGUGACAGGAGAUCCAAAAAGCCCUUGCAGGAGUGGGUGAAACCUGAAGGGCAGUACCACAGCAGCUCCUCCCUAGGGCUCAUGGAAGGAAGGGGCAGCACCACAGAGAGGUCGACCUUCCAGAACAGUGAUGGUCGGGAAAGCUUGCUGGAUGAUGACAGCCACUUUCAGACCGCAGCCAUGGACCUCACCAGCUUCCCAGACCUCCCUGGAAGCAACUCAGACAUGGACGAGGAUGAUUUGGCCCAGGUGGCCAAGGGGCUGAGUGACCUGGAGAUUGGGAUGUAUGCUUUGCUGGGCGUCUUCUGCCUGGCCAUCUUGGUCUUCUUAAUCAACUGUGUGACCUUUGCACUGAAGUACAGACACAAGCAGGUUCCCUUCGAGGAGCAAGAAGGUCUGAGUCGCUCCCAUGACUGGGUUGGGUUAAACAACCGGACAGAGCUGUUGGAGAACCACAUGAACUUCACCUCCUCCCAAGAUGAGCAGAUCACUAUCCUUGACAGGGGUCUGGACGUGGAAGAGAACAAAUUCCUCCUCAACACCAGCUCCCCUAACAGCACCAGCGGGCAGCUGUUCAAGGCCACAGGAGCCACACUCACGGACGGGAAGGACCAGAAAAGCGAGCCCCCAACGUCCCCUACCUCGAAAAGGAAAAGAGUGACAUUUACCACCUUCUCUGCCAUCCCCUCAGAUGACGGGUGCCCCUCGAGGAACACUAUGGUGAUGAGUAGUGAGGAUGACAUUAAGUGGGUCUGCCAGGACCUGGACCCUGGGGAGUGCACAGAGCUCCACAGCUACCUGGAAAGGCUACAGGAGAAUGUGUAA